AGGCCAAGAGUUAACAGCUGCACCUGUUGAGGUAUACCUGCUGUCGCCCGGCACCUGUGCCUGUAGCCAAUCAGCACCAGCGCUGCCAGGAACCUACCUGUCAGCAAAAUCCCAACACUCCAACCCCAACAUAAAUCAAACACUUCCCUGGACAGGGAAUGUCUGUGUCAGGCAAGAAAUAGAGUCAAGAGCAGUCAGCAGAGUCUCGGGUGCCGGUGCCUGUCGUUGGAGCCUGGGAGCCAGGAAGAUGUCGAAUGAACUUGAUUUCAGGUCUGUGCGGCUGCUAAAGAACGACCCAGUCAACUUCCAGAAGUUCCCCUACACUAAUGAAGACGAGGCCUGGAAGACCUACCUGGAAAACCCCUUGACGGCUGCCACAAAGGCCAUGAUGAGAGUCAAUGGGGAUGAUGACAGCGUUGCGGCCCUGAGCUUCCUCUAUGAUUACUACAUGGGUCCCAAGGAGAAGCGGAUCCUGUCCUCCACCAACGGGGGCCGGAACGACCAAGGAAAGAGGUACUACCAUGGCAUGGACUAUGAGAUGGACCUCACCCCCCUUGAAAGCCCCACGCACCUCAUGAAGUUCCUGACAGAGAACGUGUCUGGAACCCCAGAAUACCCAGAUGUGCUCAAGAAGAAUAACCUGAUGAGCUUGGAGGUGGCCAUGCCCUCCCCGGGCAAGGCAGCUGCCCUCCCCGCAGGCCCCAGCAAGCUGGAAGCUGGUUCUGUGGACAGCUACCUGCUGCCCACCAGUGAUGUGUAUGAUAAUGGCUCCCUCAACUCCUUGUUUGACAGCAUUCAUGGGGUGCCACCCACGCAGCGCUGGCAGCCAGACAGUACCUUCAAGGAUGACCCGCAGGAGUCGCUGCUCUUCCCAGAUAUCCUGAAAACGUCCCCGGAACCCCCAUGUCCAGAGGACUACCCUAGCCCCAAGAGUGACUUUGAGUACACCCUGGGCUCCCCCAAAGCCAUCCACAUCAAGUCAGGCGAGUCGCCCAUGGCCUACCUCAACAAGGGCCAGUUCUACCCCAUCACCCUGCGGACCCCCGCAGGCGGCAAAGGCAUUGCCUUGUCCUCCAACAAAGUCAAGAGUGUGGUGAUGGUUGUCUUUGACAACGAGAAGGUCCCGGUAGAGCAGCUGCGGUUCUGGAAGCACUGGCAUUCCCGACAACCCACAGCCAAGCAGCGGGUCAUCGACGUGGCUGACUGCAAAGAGAACUUCAACACCGUGCAGCACAUUGAGGAGGUGGCCUAUAAUGCACUGUCCUUCGUGUGGAAUGUCAACGAGGAGGCCAAGGUGUUCAUCGGCGUCAACUGCCUCAGCACAGACUUCUCGUCGCAGAAGGGGGUAAAGGGCGUCCCCCUGAACCUACAGAUUGACACCUAUGACUGUGGCUCCGCCACCGAGCGCCUGGUGCACCGCGCUGUCUGCCAGAUCAAGAUCUUCUGUGACAAGAUGAGCAAGAGCGGACAGACCCUCUGCUGG